AGUCAGUCUCUGUGUCUGUAGAGCUGAAUGUACACAUAGAGAGGGUGUGGUUAAAGUGUUUCACAACCACGAUGAAUAGAUGUGAAACUAAAAGCUGUUUCCUCAUUUUUACACAGGAUUAGGUAAGGAUCGGGUGUGAGAGAUGGCGUCUACAACGUACGUAGAGGAACUAACCUGUUCUGUGUGUCUCUCUCUCUUCACUGAUCCAGUCAGCCUCUCCUGUGGUCACUCAUUUUGUCGACAAUGUUUUACAAACUUUCGGAGAACACAGAAUCUGUGUCCUUAUUGCCGGGCUAGAAUCUCAACAGCUGAGGGAAAUCUCUCAACCAAUCACAUUCUGAAGAGCUUGGCCGACAAAGCUAAAGAGGAAGCAGUACGCGACGAGAAGACACGGGGGACUGAGUGGUUGUGUCCAGACCAUGACGAGAAACUGAAACUAUUCUGUGAGACAGACCAACAGUUGGUUUGCGUUAUAUGCCGGGACGGGGAGAAGCAUGACGGGCAUAAGUUUAAACCUAUCAAAGAGGCAGCCUCAGCUAGGAGGAGGGAAUUAGAUGAGGCCAUUCAGUUCCACACUAGUGACAACAGCUCUGUGGAGCACCUGGCCAAACAACAGGAAAAAGAGAUGACAAAAACCAAGACUAAGUCCUGUCAGCUGAGGACUCAAAUCAGCAGCCAGUUUGAAGAGAUGCACCAGUUUCUGAAGAAGAGGGAAGAUCAGAUAAAGAAUGAGUUGCAGGAGAAAGAAGAGAAGACCUUGACGAAGAUGAGAGGGAAUUUAGAGAGUAUAGAGUUGAUACUGUCAGAGAGGAAAGAGAAGGAGGUGAUGAUGAAAUCUGCUCAGGACAUCCCAGACAGUGAGGGUUUCCUGCAGUGGUGGAAUGAACGGAGCUUGUCUGAGGUGGAGGCACUAAAGAACAGGGACAUGCCACCACCAGAACGUCAUGGGGAGGACACGACUGAGACGCAAGGAGCCACCAAGGAGCGUCCAUACAAGUCCAGGGUGGAUGACCUAAAGGUGACACCUGUCUCCCUCUCUCUGGGGCCCUAUGAGUCUCACCUGCAGUUCUUUGUGUGGAAGGAGAUGCUGCAGGUAAUCAAUCCUCUACCAGAGAGACUAACACUACAAACAGUGAGUCAGAAACUGACUAUCUCCAAUGACAGACGCAGUGUGUUUUGUACUCCCAGAAAUGUGGAAUCAGCUCAUUCAGCUCGACAUCAAUCACAACAAUCACAAUUACUGAGUAACAGUAAGUUCAGCACUGGACAACACUGCUGGGAAAUAGAAGUUGGAAGUGGGGCUUUCUGGGAACUGGGAGUUAAAACAUUUUGGGGAGGUUUUUGGUUGAAACUUUUUGGUUCAAAAACAAUGUGUCUCAGGUAUAGAAAUCAAAAAUAUACUGUUCACGGUAUGGAUACCGAAAAACAAAUCCUUUUAAGAGAAAGACCUCGAAAGAUAGCUCUAUACCUAAGUUGUGCAACCAAGGAACUAUCUUUCUACAAUGCAGAUGACAUGUCGCUUAUCUAUACUCUAGUCUGUAAUUGGGAAGACGUGUCAGCCUAUUUAAACAUUGGUGAAUGUGAUGGAGUAGAUUCUGACCCCCUGACAGUCUGCUGGUAUUGAUCUGCUUAUCAUAGACCCCCUGACAGUCUGCUGGUAUUGAUCUGCUUAUCAUAGACCCCCUGACAGUCUGCUGGUAUUGAUCUGCUUAUCAUAGACCCCCUGACAGUCUGGUAUUGAUCUGCUUAUCAUAGACCCCCUGACAGUCUGGUAUUGACCUGCUUAUCAUAGACCCCCUGACAGUCUGCUGGUAUUGAUCUGCUUAUCAUAGACCCCCUGACAGUCUGCUGGUAUUGAUCUGCUUAUCAUAGACCCCCUGACAGUCUGCUGGUAUUGAUCUGCUUAUCAUAGGCCCCCUGACAGUCUGCUGGUAUUGAUCUGCUUAUCAUAGACUCCCUGACAGUAUGCUGGUAUUGAUCUGCUUAUCAUAGACCCCCUGGCAAUCUGCUGGUAUUGAUCUGCUUAUCAUAGACCCCCUGACAGUCUGCUGGUAUUGAUCUGCUUAUCAUAGACCCCCUGACAGUAUGCUGGUAUUGAUCUGCUUAUCAUAGACCCCCUGGCAAUCUGCUGGUAUUGAUCUGCUUAUCAUAGACCCCCUGGCAAUCUGCUGGUAUUGAUCUGCUUAUCAUAGACCCCCUGACAGUCUGCUGGUAUUGAUCUGCUUAUCAUAGACCCCCUGACAGUCUGGUAUUGAUCUGCUUAUCAUAGACCCCCUGGCAAUCUGCUGGUAUUGAUCUGCUUAUCAUAGACCCCCUGACAGUCUGGUAUUGAUCUGCUUAUCAUAGACCCCCUGGCAAUCUGCUGGUAAUGAUCUGCUUAUCAUAGACCUCCUGACAGUCUGGUAUUGAUCUGCUUAUCAUAGACCCCCUGGCAAUCUGCUGGUAAUGAUCUGCUUAUCAUAGACCCCCUGACAGUCUGGUAUUGAUCUGCUUAUCAUAGACCCCCUGACAGUCUGGUAUGGAUCUGGUUAUCAUAGAUCCAGUCACAUCAAAGUAAAACAAUCUACAAGUAAUUUUGACACACAAAGUGGCAGAAAUGUGAUAUUGGUCAUGGAUUGAUCAGAAUCAAAGGGAGUUUUGACAUGCUUCUCUAAAUGCUUUCGUUAAACACACAUCAUAGUGUCUCACAUUUUAUUUGACAUGCCACCUGUACAUUUACUUUUAAACCUUUAACUUUUCAUAACUGCAUUAAGGGAAUUACUGAAUGACACUAGGGGGCAGACGUUUUGAUUAGGAUUCAGAUUUUACAUUGAGUUAAUGAGAUUUUACAUCACCACAACCCUGUGAUAUAAACAGUGUGUUUUUUGGGUUUAAUGCUUUACUAUCUUGUAAAUAUGCAUUUUUGUACAUACAUCAAAUGAUUUCAUACUUGUUGACUUGUGUUUUUAUAAUGAACAAUGUCUAUUUUAGAUUAGGGUGAGGCUUUUCAUAACGUUUAUCAUCUUCCUCACCUUCACAUAUUUAUUAUAGCUUGUGUGCAGAGAACUUGACAAAUAAAUUUAAAUUUGGUCUAUUAUUUAA